AUGGACCCCUCACCAUCUCGCGAGCUCAAGGACACCCGCGCAACCAGCUCAACUAGUCUUAACAGUGCUGCCUCGGGCUCUUCAUCGUCCCAGAAGCCACCUACCCUUUCCCAGCGAUCGCCUUCAGUUUCUAUAUCCGCCGGUUCUGGGCCAAGCUCCAUUUCCGCCCAUCGCCAGAGCUUCGCCGAGAACCUGCGAAAUGCGCCAUCUUCACCACGAUCCCAGCGACAUCCUUCUUUCACACAGGCUGCUCUCCAGGAGCUUCUGAGCCAUCCUCCAGCCGGAAACAAGCACGCGAACCCCAAAUUUGCUGGCCGCGAUUGGCGAGAUGUAUCUGUUGGAGAGCUUGUGUCUCCAGACGACAUAAAGUGGGUGGAGUUUGACACUAGCGUCGAGGAAGCUACCAAGGCACUUCUUAAAAGCCACACAAACGUUGUGCUGGUGCGCGAGGAUGCUUCUACUCAUACCGCCGUCUCCACAUUCGAUUACACCGACUUGAACGUAUAUCUGCUUGUCGUUGUCGGCUUGGCCAAGCCAGAGGACGAUCAAGUUGAGCUUUUCAACUCGAUAUUGGCCAAAGCUCAGGAAGGUGGCCAGAUUCCUUUGCGAGAUGUCAUUCCCUUGUUCCGUAAGGAAUCCCUUGUUGCGUUACCCAGCGAAGAGAAGCUUGCCCAAGCCAUUCAGAUUCUAGGCAGUGGCAUUCACCGUCUCAUGGUGACAGCCACCAGUGGCGAAGUCGUUGGCAUUGCAAGCCAACUUCGAAUUGUUGAGUUCUUCUGGAAUGAGGGCGUCAAUUUCCCCUCUAUCGAUCGGCUGUACCCUGCUAUGCUUCGUGAUUUAGGUGUAGGCACCAAGGACAUCGUCUCUGUCAACUCUGAUGCACCAUUGUCAGAAGCCCUUAUACUUAUGCACAAUGAAGGCCUCACAAGUGUGGCUGUUGUCGAUAACGGCCUGAAUGUUGUUGGCAAUAUUUCGACCAAAGAUGUUCGGCACUUGACCAAGAGUUCCAACGCUCACCUACUCAACUCAUCGUGCAUGAAUUUCAUAUCGGUGAUUCUUAACGAGCGAGGAGUUGAACAUGGGCGCGACGCUUUCCCCGUGUUCUACGUCAACCCGUACUCGACGCUAGCCCAUACUGUCGCCAAGCUUGUUGCGACUCGAUCGCACAGGAUGUGGGUAGUCGAGUCGGCAUCACCAUCGCCUUCGGCUCCUGCUACCCCCCUGAUGGGGCCUCAAUCUUUUACGACCCCGACGCAUCCACCUCCGGCUGCGCUUGCAUCGACAUCCACUCAUGCUGCACCUCCAUCACCUGUGCCUACUGCUGCCGUGCCAGCGUCACCAGUCCCUACUGCUGCUGUACCGGCAUCUGCCAUGGCAGGUGCCCGUCUGUCGGGCAGACUCACUGGCGUCAUCUCGCUGACCGACGUCCUGAACAUGUUUGCAAAGUCAACAGGUCUAAACCCUGCUGAUCCAAACGAGGAGCGGGCAAGGCGAAGGCGAAGCUCAAGCAGCUCGGUGCGGCCCAGCAUCGACUCACACCGAGCAAGUAUUGACUUCCGGCGAUGA